AUGCAACUGAUUUCGAAACAAGGACGAGACGCACUCACAAGUCUACGAAAAGAUGAAACAAUCGUAAUACUACCGGCAGACAAAGGACGCAUCACGGUAGCAGAAAUUACCACAUCCAACAAAGCAAAAACCAUGGUGGACAUCACAGCAAAACACAGUCAAUACCUGCGUGAACUCGUGGUAGAUCCCAACAAAUGCACGGUACGUUGGGCAAAGGCCCGUGCUCAGGUGGUACUCUCGGAAGACUUAUUCAAGGCCGUCGCAAAAUACCAGGACUUGAGAGAAGAUAUUCGGAAGCACACCGAAUUGCUAAGCCCAAAAGGAGAAGUAUUUCAAGUAGCGAAAAUUGGAGCAAUGCAAGCUGCGAAACAAACCUCAUCACUCCUUCCUCUUUGCCAUCAAGUCCCACUUACACACAUAUCAACAGAUGUGUGGUUCGAAGAUGGAUCGGUUUGGAUCGAGUCCACAUCAAAAGCGGUUGCACAAUCAACGGGCGUGGAAAUGGAGGCGCUCACAAGUGUAUCCGUCGCGGCUCUGUCAGUCUACGACAUGCUCAAAUCGUUCAAAAUAGGCCGUAUUGUCAUUGCACAAAUCGAACUUGUCGAAAAACACGGAGGAACGUCCGAAAGUUAAACCGGUACCAAGCAAGAUAAGAAUAUCAGCGUGUAUUCCAAUUGCCGCUUAUCCCAUAUGGAUUUAUAACACCGCAUGCAACGAGUCUGUUUAUUCUUCAUUCAUUCAUUCAUCCACUCUUCAUUUAGAAUGUCAAACUAUGUACAGUCAGGAAUUGACAGUAGGGUGAAGUAAUAAAAAACCGAGUAGAACCUCGAACACAUAUUUGAAAGAGAGUGUGGACAGGAUUACAGUUUCAGACGACACCUCCUCGAAAUCCUUCCACACUCACCGGGGAAGCGUACCACAUUCGGUCCGACGAUUCCCCGUAAAGGAUUUUGUUGAUAUCAAGCAAACAGCGGUCUGCUUCCAAAUCAUCGAGAAUCAUUGAGUGUUUUGAAUCGGUCAGAAUUUGUAACACAUAUACUGGGCAUUUUCUGAAUAGACGGAAAUUCGGACGUGGUAGAAACCACUUAGACUCGUAAUUUGUGGGCAUAUAAAAGUAGAAAAAAGUUCGAGUAGGAGGUGCUCCUUCCAUCAACAGCUGAUAAAAAGGAUGUUGAACAAAUGAUCGAAAAAAGUCAGAGAAAAUGGGCUCGCUGCGGUUGGGAGUAGACGGGCUGAUGACAGCUUCAUCAGUAAAUGUGUCUUGAGGAGAAGAACCGACAAAAUCCACCAAAAAUGCGCGUUUUGGAUGAGAAGGUAGUCCACCGAGUAAGAUUAAACAAUAAUGUACCGGAAACGGCAGUUCAGACAGGUGCUGCUCCAGCUCUUGUAGAGAAUCAAGGAAUUUGACAACCUUAUGCGCAUCCGUUCCCUGUCAAAAGAAAAGCGUUACUGGAUUUCAUUCCCAGAUACAGCCCCUACCUGACAUGACCGCAAAUAUUCGUAGGCUGUCUUUGGUCUUUGCAUUAAUGUGAAGUCGGGAAAUUGGCCACUUUGAUAAAGAAAUAGGUUGGUUAGUUUGUGAAAUAGACGGAGACAAUCGUUUGGUGCCAGCCCUUGAUCGCCGAUCGAUAAUCUGCAAUUGGAGAUCUGAUGCAUUGUGCCAAGCACAUUCAGUAUGUGUCAACCGCGUAUCACAGUUAAGAGUAAGGAGUGUAGAGCUG